AUGGUAAUUAAACGAAAACGCAAUUCGAAUCCGACUGUUCCAAUUUUGGUGACAGGGACUAAGCUGGAUACUACGACACAUUCUAAUAAGGUUGAACGUCGAGGGCAUCGAGGACUUACACGAAAAUUCGGUGUUUUUUCAAAACUUGCUGAAUCUUCGGAUGCAGAAGAACUUGAAAUUAGGCGUUUAGAAAAAAAAUUAGGAAUUAAAUCGGGUGACAAAUUGACGAAAGCCUUUGUUGAAGAUGGAUUAGACGGUUUAUUAGAAGGAUUUGAGAUCGGCUCUAAAAGGUCGAAAUCAGCUAAUUUUUUGAAGGAUUCAGGUUCAGAGCAAAUUAAGGAUGAUGAUACUUUUGAAACAGAGGAAUCAGAACAUUUUGAGGAUUUCAAUGUAAUAGGCGAAUUGAAUGAAGGUGAAGACAAUCUUUGCGAAGUUGAUGAUGUUCAGCAGCUUGAACACGUCACGAAAGUUGACUCAG